AUGUGCCUCUUGGAUCUCCCGCUCGAGAUAUCCGGGAAAUCAUCAAUAAUCGAGUUCGAUAGUGAAAAUGAACGUUUCAAGCCCUUCGCCGCGUAUUACAUCCAAAGACGGGCCUUCGCUCCAGAUGUUUUGGAGGAUAACAUUUUCAUUCGCACUGUUGGCGACGUCUCCUAUCGAAUCAUGAAUCACUUAGAUCCGGGCAGACAGGAGAGAUUGAAGCAAAUAUCCCUGGCCGUUUUCCAAGCAGCAGAGAUUAACCUCCAUGGGUGCUUGGGUCCGGUGCUGAAAGAGAAAGGAUCAUGGAAGCCCACCAAUCCAUACGGAUAUUACCAGGCCAGCGAUGGGCGAGAGUAUAUUCUCCCGGUGGCGGUGAAUAUGGGAAAUCGCAGUGCCCUGGAGUGAGAUGAGCAUGACGUUUUUGGAUAAGACUGUAUCCAUGUCAUCCUCUUUGACACAGUUGAAGAGCCCGAGCCCAGAACUUUGCUCGAGGCUAUAUUGACACCGUUCAAUUGCUAUUAAGCAGGGGCACAAAGACUAAAGAUUCCACUCUGAAUAUCCCGCUUUUUAUGGCAGCUGCAUAUGGUUUUCCUCGCAUUGCG